AAUGCUGCUGUGCUUUGGACUCUGCGCAGCUGCCUGAACUGAGAGAGGGAGAAACGAGGACUCUGUGGAAAGGGGAGGGAACAUUAGGCUGUGCAGUAAAGAAGCAAACUUUUCCUAAAGCCUGCUUCAGAGGGAAAAAAAGAGAGCAAACUUCGACGGUUCCAUUCCUUUUUGUAUUAUUAGGUGGGACAAGACAAGAAACUCACGAGAAGAGACAACACGAAGAAGGGUGAAGAAUAAACAGCCUUAAGCAUUUGAGUGGUGAAGCAAAAGAGAAAAGUGAAAAUCAGGCUCCAGGGCUAAGGGAGAGAGCAAGCAUUCUGCGCACAGUGUAAAGAUGGGUGAAGACGGUGUUCAGGCAGAGCGAAGCAGCGCAGUCAAUUCCCAUGAGACCCAGGAUCUGGUGGUGCCCAGCCCGAGUCCUACUCAGUCCUCCCCCAGCCACAGUCUCAACCAGCUGGGCACGGGUGGGGCAGCCGGGAAGGGCACUGGAGAGGCCGGAGGGGAAGGCUCCUCACAGGUCAAUGCCAUCACAGUGCUGACGCUGCUGGACAAGCUGGUCAACAUGCUGGACACGGUGCAGGAGAACCAGCACAAGAUGGAGCAGCGGCAGGCAGAGAUGGAAACUGCAGUGAGGGGAAUCCAAAGCGACAUGACCAAGCUGUCCAAGAGCCACACCUCCACCUCCAACACGGUCAGCAAGCUGUUAGAGAAGUCCCGCAAGGUCUCUGUCCACAUGAAAGAGGUCAAGGACAAGAUGGACAAGCAGGCUGUCCAGGUCAAGAAGCUAGAGGCCAACCAUGCCCACCUUCUCAAGAGGAACAACUUUAAGGUGCUCAUUUUCCAGGAGGAGAACGAGAUCCCGUCCAGCGUUUUCGUGAAGGACCCAGUCCCCUACCCCCGGGGGCCUGAGGCUGAGGAGGAGCCACCCACAGUGGAUGCCAACCGCUCUCAGGAGGAGACCCUGCAGACAAUCAGCCUGUCUUCCGACGAGGAGCUGGGCCAUGAGGAUGAGGAAGAGGAGGUAGGGGGAGUGGGUCAGCCUGGCGAACGGCUGGAGCAGACACGCGCGGAGAAGAUCAAGCGCUCCAGCCUGAAGAAGGUGGACAGCCUGAAAAAGGCCUUUUCCCGCCAUAAUAUAGAGAAAAAGAUGAGCAAGAUCAGUACCAAGAUAGUCUCCCCAGAGAAGCGUGAGAAGAUCAAGAAAAGUCUUACUCCCAACCACCAGAAGAAUCCCAGUGCCAAGAGUUCUUCCUUCAAGGUUUCACCACUCACCUUCAAUGUUAAGAAAAUGCGGGACGGCGAUACUGUUCCGAAAGCCGAGGAGUCUCCCUCAGCUGUUGCAUCCAUUGAGCUAGAACCCCUCAGUAGCCCAGACGAAGAGGCCCCCUUUACUGUGGUGCACUCUCACUUGGCCCCAGCGGUUGAAGAGGGGAAAUCUGCAUCUGACUCCGUGGAGAAGGAGCAAGAGGAGGAGGAGCUGCCCAGCCCACGACAGAGCAGUGUGGCAACUGGUGGCCUGGAGGCAGAGCUCACCAUUGUGGAGGAUGAUGACCCCCAGUACACCCUCUCCUCCACUCUCCCACAUGACGAGCUCCACCACCAAGAAGAAGAAGCCUGCAGGAAGGCGGAAGAAAAGAUGACAGAGAUCACCUCAGAUCAAACCCCUUAAUAUCCUUCGAUGAGUCUUGCCCUGACCCUCUACACAUCCACACACCCCUCAUUCUUUUCUCAGGGCCAGGAAUAAAGAUUCCUAUCUCUGAGAACAUCCCUGAGCUACAAGAUUCCAACAUUCCUUCUACAGGACUUUUCCCACCCAAUCCCUCCUCACAAACGCCCAAAACGUUUCUGAACUCUGAAGAUUCUUCUUUCAAAAUCACUAUUCCCCCUGACCCAUACUGUUAUUUGUAAUCAUGUUGUCCUAAAUCCAGAUUGCUUUGGUCUUUUGCAAGAUCUGUUUUAUAACUUAGUAGCUAUUUCUCUAUCAAUACAUUUAGUGUGAAGAAGAGAUUUGAUUCUGGCACAAGUGAUCUGUAUUGUGCACUUUCAUGUUUAUUUUCCCUUGAUCCAGGAUUUUCUGACUCAUACCCUCCGGCUUGGAUUAUGUGGGAAGCUCUGCCUCUGUGUUAGGAAACAGCUAUACUGAGCAGCAGGAAGGACAGUUGUUGAGGGCAAAAGUUAAGGGAGGGUGAGUGCAGCGAGAGAAGGAGAGACAUUAAGCUGUGAAUCACGCUUUAGGCACACAAGCUUCAAAGCUGAUCUUAGCAGCUUGUUUUGAACAACCACUUAGCAAAAAACUAUUAUAAAACGGUGAGUGGGUAGACAUUCAUUAAGGCAUAUAGGCAGAGACCUUAUGCACAGCACACAGGCUCAGAGCAGGCAAAGGGCCUUGGAUGACUAUCUUUUCAACCACUCCUUGUUUGGCAGAGUUUAUUUCUGAACACAUUCUAUCAAACGUAAGCUUUGAGCCUGAAAGAAGAGUUUACUCUAUGUAAAGCCUAAACUUUUGUCAUUCAGCCCAACACACAACAUUUGAGUUUCAGCUAAACCCAAUAAAAUGUUUGUUUAGGAUUUCAGAAAAUAAUUCUUCUCAGUCUUUAGCUAAUCUUGAGAGGUUAGCUGUGGCAAUCCAUUCUAACAGUAGAAGUAUAAGACAGACGAAUUAUUGUUUUUUUCUAACAUCCAUCCAUUUUACAAUUGCUUCAUCCAAUUUAGUGUCGUGGUGGAGCCGAAGCCUAUCCUGAAAAGCAACAGACGCAAGGCAGGAUACACCUGGAUGGGACACCAUUCCAUUGCAGGGCAGAUACAGAUACAGACAAGCACACACUCACAACUAGAGCCAAUUUUCUCUUUUAAAAAAUCUUUUUUUUUUCCUGAAUGCACAAAUGUGGGCCUUCCGCUCCAUCAAUAUGUCUUCCAGCAUAUGACCAACAACUCCACAAAAUUCUUCUGACAGCAAAACAGGAUUCAAACUUAUCUACAAAUCUGCCUUACAUUGCAAUCAAGGAUACCAGAGAAAAAACAACAGAAAACCAGCAAAACUACUGAUAGGUACUAAUCAAUACACUGAAUGGCAGAAUCCACCUCAGGCAUUAAGAAUGCAACUGCAUUGUGCGUCAACACACAACAUAACAUCUAGUCUAAACAGAACUGCAAACUGAGAGACACUUCAUAAUAAUCUUGACAAAGUAAAAAGAAAAAGAGACUCACAGAUGUAGGUUUAGUUUGCGCCUGAAACAUACUGUAUUGUAUGUAUAACUGCUGUAGAUAAUUUUCAAAUAACUUUGAAGCAGUACAUAAACAUAAAAUGUCUUCACAAAACUGGCAGAAUGGAAUUACACUUCAAUACAAUGCCCCCCCUUAUCUGAACACAUUAAAAAAGCAAAUACAGCAAUCUUUUUAAAAUAAAGUACAUCAUCAAUAAUCAGGUAAAAAAAAAGAAGUACAAAAUUACACCAAAUAUAGUACAGAAGUGGGGGCUCACAAACCAUAAAAUCUAUAUCUGAAAAAGGGGUUAAAUUAGCCGGUCUUAAUAGUUGAAAGAUGUAUCAGAUCAUGCUGUCAGUUUCUGCCCUGGCCAAAUGUAACCUGGCCAUAUUUCUUUCCAUAAGCACAACUGCCGCAGUUAGAGCACCAGCCUGUGAAAGCACACCUGUCUCAACAUCAGAAUACAGCAGCUGAUUAUAGCAAACGAUCACAGUUUCUCCAUUCACAGCAGGUAAAGGAGAUCGAAAAAGCACAGCAGUGAAAGCGCCGUAGAUGUCAUCGAGAACAUUAAACUAUGAGAAAGAUUGAGAUCAACUGGAAGUCAUAGGGCCCUAUCAUGCUUCUUCAGCUGUUAAGGGUUUAUUCAUUAAACACUAUUAACAGAAUACCUCUAAACUGAGGUAGUGAGCUGCAGAAGGAAGGCCCAGCUCCUCCUUGCAAAGCCUGCUCCCUUCACCAUUACACAGCAGACUGAAAACCGCAGGUCUGAGAUUCACCUGUCCCUCUGGUUACACAUAGGAGCAGAGAGGUGAAAUGGUUAAACAGUUCUUUUGUAGUUGUGAGCAAGGCUGCACUGUUAUGGAUUUAGCUCUAGUUUUAUGCGUGGAGAGGUGGGCACACGUGAUGGAAUGCAGAGAAUCUUUUAUUUUUGUUAAUUUAAAAAAAGGCAUCUCUUCCAACUAUUUUUCAAUUUGUCAAAGUUUCAUUUUGCCAAAUAAUUGGUAAGGAAGAGGGAUGAGUGCAUUCUUCUACAGGUAGGAUUGAUGGCUUAGUUUCCAUUAAAUGUUUUGAUUUUGGGGGGCGUCAGAUCCAGGUGUGCUGCUCUUAGGCAAGCCUCUGGGCAACAGCUCAGCAGAGGCAUCUUUCAGUCAAGACAAGACUGACUGAUAAAGGGAGCAAUACUGGGAGGGGUAGAGAGAGAGAGAAAUUGAGAGAAGACAUUGGAGGGUUUUGAACAGAGAUUUUCUAAAAAACAGCUUUGGAAUCCAACACAUUUCCAUAUCACACAUACAGAGCUGAAUCGUGUUUACAAAGCAUCCAGCGCAGUGUAGAUUUGUAAACUUCAGUGGGUAAAAAAUAAAAACUCCAAACUAUUCACCGUUAACAAAUGCUGGCAUGUCAAUGUAGCAAAACCAUUUAUUUACACCCUAAGAUUUUUAUUUUCAGUCCUUCUAGAUUUCUAUGUUUGAGAAAAAAAACUUCAGAGGGAACUGAGCAGCAUGCUGUGAAUAAAGCUUUAUAAACAUAGACGUGCAUUUCUGCGACUCCUCAGAGCUGCAUCACAGUAGAUAUGGAGAUAGAUAAAACCAUCUUUACCUCACAUACAUCGAAGAAACAUUUGCCUCUAAACCAAUGCAACACAUCUUUUCCCCCCUCCCAUAUAAUUAUUUCUUAAUUUCUUUGCCUUCCCCCUCACUGCCAGAGAUGUCAGACAGAGAAUACUUGUCCACAGUUAGCGAUGUGAAGGAAAAAGUAACCAGGCUGUGUCAUGGAAGGUAAUUCAAUUUGAAAUGACUAACCUGCCCAACUGGUUUAAUAGCUGAUAACUAAACUCCAGGAGAGAGGUAGAAAGACUUUGAAGUACGUAGUUGAGUGUGAAAAUUAAGUGAUGUAGAGUUUCAAGGGGUCUUAAUCUGACAUGAGUUGACAAGUUUUAUUAAAGAUAAGACAACUUUGUACUCAGUGCAAAGACACCAUAUGCUUUGGACCUACCACAUGUCAUGUUACAUAAUAGAUCAAAUGCUUUAAAAAGUGUUAGAAUAUCACGAUGGAUUAUAUCAUAGGGAUUUUUAUAUGAAACUACUGAAAUUAUAUUUUCUUUAGGGGAGUUCUAUAAUAUUGACCCAGUGUAGGAUUUCCCACUUUGUGUUAUGAGUACAGAAAUGUGUGAUUUUGUUCUAAAGGGAUGGCUUUUCUUAAUUUUUUAUUUUACUUUAUCUCACAAAAAUCAGUGACAUGUAUGUUGUUUUUCAAGUGCUAACCUUGCAGAUGACACAGUAAUAUAUAUAAGUAUAUAUUGUCUUAUUGAUUUUAUUAAUAGUUAUCAAUGAUACCAAAGAGUUUCUUACCAUGGAAGAUUCACUGCUACUGUGCUAUACUGCCUUUCUGUAAUCCAUUGCAUUGUAUUAAAACAUUUUUUCAAAAGUAUAAAAUAAAGAAUUUGCACAAUU